AUGGUCGACUCCGUGUUUGAUCCCCUGGAUCUGUACGAACCUGUGGAACCAAUAGAACCCAACUGGAUUUCGAGAGGUUCGGAUGCUGCAGCGAUCCUGGAUGGUGCCCAUCGCGACGGUGUGGAUUCUGGCGACGGCGGAGACGAUGAUGACUGCGCGCCGAUUGACUAUGAGGAUAUCCCCAUUGAUGUUCUGGACUUGCCCGCUGUUAGGUACGCCCCACUCGACGUGAUACUGUGCAUGCUUCGGCUUCUCCGGCCGGAGACGCAGGUAAACUUUGGUCACAGUGACACGGUAAAUGAACGCGUGAACGACGUGCAGAAGUACUGUGCAGACAAAGAGUUGACCGAUGAACUUCAAGAGCAGACAGUGCAGUGGUUUAAAACGACUUCGCCGAACCCGCGGUUGAGCACAUUUGAUCAAAUCUUGGCCAAAGUCCCAUCUCUUGCACAGACCGCAGAAAAGAAUCAGCUGUUAGUGUACUACACGUCUGUGCUACGGCGUUGUUCGCAAGAACCCAACGAGGAUGUUCUGAAGGAGGUGUCGCUCCGAAUCAGCGAAUGCUGUGGGAGAAACGCGUCUCCCUCCAUGCAUCGUGAUUUCAAGUUCCAAAGACUACAAACCACCGUGACCUUGUACGAACCGUCGUUGACCAACGAUAACCUUGGAUGGAAGACGUGGGGGUCAUCACUGAUUUUGUCGAGGAUAUUGAUCGAUAAAUUACCGUUUCCUGAACCACCAAAAGUGGGACACCCACCGUUUAGAGUGUUGGAAUUGGGGUCAGGAACUGGGCUCGUCGGGAUAUCUUGGGCUUGUAAAUGGAGGGAACUUUACGGAAUCGAAGAUUCAAAUUUGCAAAUAUACCUUACAGACCUCCCGGAAAUUGUAGAUAACUUGAAGAAAAAUGUCCAACUGAACAAACUGGAGCACGCUGUCGUUGCUGAUGUCCUGGACUGGACCAAUCCAUACAACUUCAUCGAGAGAUACAACGGCGAGCAAUCUUUUGACUUGAUCUUGGUUGCAGAUCCGAUCUACUCUCCUGAACAUCCAAGGUGGGUGGCCAACAUGAUCAAAAAAUUCUUGAAACCCAUCGGCGUGUGCCACUUGGAGAUACCAAUCAGGCAGAAAUACACGAGAGAGAGGCAGCUGUUGACGGAUCUGCUCGCUGAGAACAAACUCGAUGUUGUAAAGGAACAAUUUGACGAAGGACAAGACGACUGGGGUUCUGUUAGAUACUGCUAUAAAGAAAUCCAAAAAAGUACAUAG